UUCCUCAUCAAGAGUUGUUGAUCUUCCAGUGUCUGGCUCAUCAUACCACACAACACGGCUCGGAAAGUACCUCUGGAAGUACCUAACCGUUACCUGCUCCUUCUUUUUAUUUCAUUGCGUCACUGCCGAGAAAAGACUCAGGUACCUUAACCAAUGGGAAGCUGUCGCUGGCAAAGAAGCAUCUUUAGUUCCAUUUCCCGAUAUAGUUAGCGUCAUUAUCCGCCAGGACAGUUGGGGCAGUUCUGGGCCAACGCUAGUUGGGUGGUAAGCUCUGCUUUUUGAUGCCGGCGAUGAAGCUGACCCAACCAACUAUCCCUGCACUCAUCUCAUUCUUCAUUGAUGGCCAGCUUUCUGAGUCGCCAUCUGUCUGUCCUACCGGGCUCCCAGUCUGUAACCUCCGUCGAAAACUCCGAGCCGCAAGCGUCGCUUUGAGCCAUCUCUCCCACGAUCCCGCCAUCCCGCGAUUCCGUAUUCCCGUUCUCGCCUUCGCCUCAGAAGCACACCUCAAAAUCGCAUCCCUGUUCUUACUCUCGGGCCACGACAUCCCUAUGGCUUUGCGACCGAGGUAACAGCAUCGCGGCAUCUGCUGUGUCUUUCUUUCACAUCCACCUUUGCCAAUCGCAACCCAUUUCCCAUCCUUUCGCCUGCCACAGGCUGCGAAACUUCUAGAUAUGACCCUCCGCCCGAUUUCUAUGAACUUGACUGGCAUUGGCGUUGUGGGGGCCCGUGGUGUAUCGGCAUACGUCACUGUCACCAGACAGCCGCGAUACACUAGAUUGUACUAUGUCAACUCAUGUCUUUCCCAAAUUUCAACGCCUAGGUUGGACAGAACAGGACGGUAUCCUGCUUCCUCGGUUUUCAUUCGAUCGUUCGCCUCAGGGCCGCCGCAAGAUUCACCCAAAAAUGGGGCCGGUGCUGCCCACCGAAAGGAAUCUGAAUCCGACUCCGCCUCGGCUGCGGCCCAAUCUCCAGACGAGCCUCAUUCGCAAUCGCCGAAUCACUCCUCUACCUCCUCAACAGUUACAAACCCCUCUGAAUAUGAUUGGGAAGAAAAGCCAAACUUCAACAUCGAGAAGUUCACACAGCUGCCCUAUGAGAAUUUCGGGGUCAACCAACAUAUGAUUAUUGAUCGCGAGUUCAAGGAGGCUCUUCGUCAACUGCUAUGGAAAUUUCGUGCUCCAAUCCGCUACGCAUUCGCAUAUGGCUCCGGUGUUUUCCCACAAUCAUCGGGUGGAGCUGCUACAGAGGCUGAGGUCAAAAGCGUUCAUCCCAAAGCACCCCUCGCUGUACAAAAGGCCCAGAAUGGAUCACCAAAAAUGAUUGAUUUCAUAUUUGGCGUGUCGCAUACUCAGCACUGGCAUUCAUUAAAUCUUACACAACAUCGUGAUCACUAUUCCGCUCUUGGCUCACUUGGUUCCGGCGCCGUAUCGUAUGUUCAAGAUAAGUUGGGUGCCGGCGUGUAUUUCAACCCUUACGUCACUGUCGAGGGUAUACAAAUCAAGUACGGUGUCGUCAACAUCGACACGCUAUGCAGGGACUUGAGUGAGUGGGAUACCUUGUAUCUUGCUGGUCGUCUCCACAAGCCCGUCAAGAUUCUCCGCGAUGAUCCCCGUGUUCGCCUUGCAAACCAGAUCAACCUACUGUCCGCCUUAAGAACCGCUCUGCUCUUGUUGCCGCCUAGUUUUACAGAGCAGGAGUUAUACGCUACCAUCGCAGGUAUAAGCUACCUCGGAGAUCCUCGUAUGGCAUUGCCAACAGAGAACCCGAAGAAAGUUUCAAACAUUGUGAGCCACAAUAUGUUGAAUUUUCGCCGGUUGUACGCGCCUCUUGUUGAGUCACUACCCAACGUCUCCUUCAACGACUCCUCUUGCAGCAAUGCCAAUUGGAUCAACGAUACCGAUGCCGUAUUAAAUAUUGAGCAAGAUAUGGACCCGGUGAAGCGAGGCAAUAUGGUGCGGCGGUUACCUAAAGCCUUCCGGUCUAAGCUUUAUUUUGAAUACCAUAAGAAGUUUCAGAUUCCACAACUCGAAUUCAACAAGAUGAUGGAGGAAAGCAAAAAUGAAGAUAUGGGAUCUUUCAAGCGACAGCAGGGUGGCCGCUUCGAGCAACGAAUAGUACAACGGCAGCCUGAAGAACUUCGAGACACCAUUCGUGGGGUUAUAAAAAAGACUAUAUCCUGGCCGAGCACUAGCCAGAGCCUUAAAAGCUUUCUCACCGCAGGCUUUUCCCGCGGUUUCCGAUACUUGGGAGAAAAACUUGACAAAUAUCGUCAAGGAAGCAAUAACAAGCAAAGUUAACGAAUUUGCAACUCAAACUUAACCACUUCUCCUACCUCGCCAGCCUACACUAAAACAUGAAUACUGAGAGUGGCGUCAUUUAUCCACAAGAACCGAUUUCACAUAUUACAUUCCAUGCGAAAGACACUCCUACGAUACCACAGCCUAUUCUUCAAGAGUUCACCGCAAUACUUUCCUUUUGUUCAUCUAUCAUCGUGUUUAUGGGGAAAAUAGGUGCAUGAGUCACUGGUAGCAUUCAUGGAAUCGAAAUAGAUCUUAUCAUACUUCACCCUUAGAAGCGCAGGAGGGUUAAAGUCGAAUCAUUUAUACCGCGCACACAAUUUCCAGAUGGAAGAAAGAGCGCGGAUUUGAAGGCGUUCAGUUCCCUUAAAGGCAUGGGAAUAGGCGUGAUAUGGGUCGGUCUGCUGUCUAUUCAUCUGUACAUACAAUAUGAUUAAUGUAAAAACAUUAUACACUCCGCGUAUCAUGCCCAUUAGGUUUCUUUGUCUUCAGUGUCUUGGAACCGACG